CGGCCCCUGGUCCGCCCCGUAGAUGGCAGCUUGCCGUUCGGCUUCCGACGCCGGGCUCCCUGCGGAUCUGGCGUGGAUGUGCGACGUCACGUGGACACACGACGCGGAUUCGUUUGGGCCUUUGGAUGCUUCUGGAGGCCUGCACAGACUUCCAGGGAGGACGGGACGGCUUUGGUUUCCAAGGCCCUGGGGAUGGUGCAUGGGGCUUCUUGUGGAUCACCUGGUUUCUGUCCUGCCGAGGUGCCGGUGUCUACCGACGGCGCUGCCGCACCUGUUGCUAGUGGAGUCCUGGCCGGUGGCCCUGGCCGUGUACCUCUUCAACAGGAUGAUCGUCGACGUGAACGUGAAGGUCGCGAUGCGUGCUUACGACGUGUCGACGAGUCAGUUUGACUCGUACUACCGCUCCCGGUACACGUGGGGCUGGGCGCCAGCGACCAGCGUCUCGUUCCACAAUGGGACCACGGUGAAGCUGCGUCAGAUCACUUACGACAGCCUGCCCGGCACGGACAUCCCGUGGAUCCUCAUAGCCUGGGCUUUCUACGCCACGGCAGUCUCGUUGGUGUUGACCAUCGUGGUGGAUUUCUGCCGCAGCGUGAGGGAUCCGUGGUGCAGUUUCGAAAGCGGCGAUUACUUGUACUACGCAUGGCGCCUUGAUCGGCGGAGUUGGUACAGAAGAGGAGUCACGGUGAUGGUUGUUCUUGCCGUCGCUCUGCCGCUUGUCUGGCUCGUUCAGACCCUGAUCUACGUCGAUAACGACAGAUUGUUCUGGGAGAACCUGGGCGUCUUUGCUAGCGAGUGGUACACUGGGGUCGGACUCCUUUUCCGGAAGAACCAAGAAUACAUCAUCUAUGCGAUUUUCCGUUCCUCCGUCUUCUCCCUGGCGAAGCUCGGGGCGUACCGCGUGAGGGGCGUGGCCGUGAGGGAGGCCGCCAGGUACUGGCACGUGCGGCCCGCCUCGGAGGCCGUGAGGGAUCACGUGUUCCGGCGGCCGGGCAUGCCCUGGGCAUUCUUUCAGGGGAACGCAGGCCUCGGGGCGAGGCUGCAAACGCGGUCUGGUGUGCUCUCAACGAGGACGAGGAGAAGUCAGGGGGCGCCGAAGAGAAGCUGAAGAUGUGCCUCGCGCACCCAGAGGAGUGGCAGGCGUUCCUGGAGGAGUGCCGCCGCGCCCAGCGCGCCGAGGCAGCGGCGCGGGGCCGUGCCCUGCGGGCGCGCCAGCGCGCCGCGGGCGAGGACGCCGAGCUCACUGCGCGGGCGCCCCUGUCGCCCACGCCGCAGCUGCUGCCCCCCACGACCGGCGCGGCCUGACGCGUCGGCG